UCGGAGUACGAACGCGGCGUAUGAAAUCUGUAAUACAGACGGAGGCGACAGACGGAGACAAGAAUUGUGAAGAAAUACGGACAAGUUCAGAAACUUAUGCAGGAACUGUAGAAAGCUGCAUACCUACGUGGUCUGUUGGCGUGUACGUGUUGGUAGGUUUAGAACACCUCAAGCAACAAACUCCACCUUCAAUUUCAAGCAUUCACACCAAACCAUCUUUGUAUAAAAAGAGUUUCACUUCAGAUGGGUUUGCUACUUCUUCCCAAGAAAGUUCUCCAAAAGUCCCACGAAAGCUUCAGGAAAAGCACCUGUUCAACAAAAGUACAUCUUCAGGUGGGCCUCAUGAUGAAGCUUCAUCGUCAGGAUCUACAGAUCCUGGCCCAAAAAGACCUGCAGAUGGAACACUCAGGACCAUUUUGGCCUAGCUAAUGACACGAAUGAAGUCUGUGGAUGAAAACGUGCAGAUGCUACUAAACAUCCAACAGUCAAGAGAGUCAAGAGAAGAUGUGGAGGAUGUUCUUCCAGCUCCUGUGAGCAGCUCGGAGGAGCUGGCUGACCUGUGUACUAAAUUAGCUGAUAAAUUUUUAAAAAAUAAACUGGCAAGAAUAAGUUGUAUCUUCUUGGAUUAUGUUUUUGGAUAUUUUAAAUACUACUACAUAGAUGCAAGAAUAUUUUGUUUAAUAACAGUAUAUUUUGAAAUAUCCAUAGUACCCCUAUUAUUUGUUGCAGACACAGUAUUUGUCAUCCUUAGGAGGGCACAGCCUUGGAGACACUGUUCACAGGAUUUUUCGAUAGCUGGGGACCAAUAGUGUGUGGUCAACAUAUAGCCUGAAGGGAAAAAAGAGGAAGCAAGCCUUUGCUAAUCUUCCUCUUUGCAAAGUUAUCAUUAGUAAGUCUGCAUAAUUUCUUUUUAACAUUAUUGAAUCAAAUCAAUACUUGUGUGAAUAUAUUUUGGUCCAUGUCUGACACAAAACCUCUAAAAAUAUAUAUUGCUCUCAUUCAUAUAUAUUUUUUUCUUCUUUACCUAAAGGAGCAUGCUUGAAAACCCAUGCAAAGGCAAAGAUAUCUGAAGUGGAAACUGAAAUUAGAGAGGCCCUGAAGCAUGCUCCGAAAAGCAAAGGUGGCUCAAGAUACAAGGUGAGCAGUGAAUUUCAUUCACUUUGUUUUGAUAUUCCCUCAACUUCAUAAUUAGUGCAUCUCCUCACCCCUCUUCACCAUUCUAUAUUUCCCUUCAUGCCAUUCUUCAUUUCAUUCCACUUGUGUCCAUGCUUCAUCUUUAUAUAUGUACACCGUCAUUGCUCUUAUCCUACCAAUAUAUCACUCAACAACUCCUCUCUAGCAAUAAUUGAUAUCCAAUACAAGUGCUCUUGACUGUUGUGCCUCAUUUGAAAUCAAUGUUUCAGAGCCAUACACUAUAACUGGAAGUUUUUUUUCAAUUUCUGUAUGGACACAUUCUUCAUCUUCAAAAUCCUUGUAUUACUUGAACGAGUUUAUAUAAAUGAUGAUUUCUUCCAUUUUAUUAAUAUACCCCCAAAAAUGUCUACAUCCUCAAAUUUAUAUAUUUUGCUUCUCUCCACAGGAACCUGAGCCAAAGAGACGUCAUACUUCCAUACAAGAUUCAUCAGAUUCUGAUGACUAGCCACAGGUUAAAUAAGGGCACGUGCUAAUUAGGGUGUGCAGUACCCUGGGAAAGCCCUACAAUAUGCAACCUUUCUCCACCCAGCUGUCCCUGUCCUUGCACCCAUGCUGCCAUCUUUUCCUGGCUGCUGCUUCAGAAUGUGGGUGAACAAAGAAGAGAAUGCAAGUUCUACCUCACUCCAAAGCUAUGUUUGUGUGUGUGUGUUUUUUUUAUUUUUUUAUUUUUUAUUAUUAUUAUUUAUUGAAAUGGAACUUAUAACCUUAUUGAAAUUAUGUUCUGUUAUGUAUUUACUUUUAUUUCAUUUAAUUAAUUAUGUAUUUCUUUUUUUCUCUUUCAUUUACAUCACUACCAUAUUAGGCCUGUUAGUAAUGCUUUCUUUACCAUGUACUAAGAUGUCUUGUAUUUUUAGUUGUGGGGUAGGAGAUGCUAUUUUCAUAUUUUCUUCAAAUGUGUUUUUUCAAAGGAUUAUGUCUUUAUUUCCCUACUGAGGCUAUAAAUUAGUGAAUUUUGAUAAAAUGUGUAUCUGCGUAUUUUUAGUUGUGGGGUAGGAGAUGCUAAUAUAAUUUUUUUUCUUCAAAUAUGUUUUUUUCCAAGGAUCAUGUCUAUAUUCCUACUGAGCUUAUAAAUUAGUGGAUUCUGAUAAAAUGUGUAUCUGCAGCACAGAGUUAUAGAUACAUAGAGUGUUGGUCCUGUGGUGGUCAGCUUUUCCCAACAGAGAUGGACUGAUGGCCAAAAGAUCAGAAAUUGAUGAUUUCACACACUUUGUUCUAACUCGGUUUCCAAACAUUACUAUUUGAUACUGAGAAAAAACUGGCAUCACCACAUUUUUCCCCUGGAAUUCCUGCAUUUGAUAAGAUAUAUAAUAGUAAGUGAAGAGCAAAUGUAGAUAUAGUAAAAUAAAGAUUCAAUAAAAUAGUGCAUGAACAUUUUUCCAUUUAUUUGGCUGUAAAUCAUUGUUGCUUAGCAACAAUGAUUUACAGCCAAAGGACAGCACUAUUCAAGUGCUGUUCUUGAAUCUGCAAUAUUUCCCAGUUAUGUAGCUAUAGGCUGCAUCCCAUUAACCUUUGUGUACCAUUCCAUUUAGUCCCCACUUAAGCGCAUUUUUUUUUUCAUUGCACUUAAUAGCAUAUAAACCUGUUGAAUACAGAAAUUUUUCAGAAAGAUGAUGGUGACGUUAGUUUUCUUAAUCGCACAUUGUAGUGUAAGGAAAUUGGGUAAAAGCAAAGUGUGAAAUCAAUUUCUGGUCAAUCGGCUUACUACUUGUGGCCACCAGUCCAUCACUGGCAAGAACAGCUGACCACCAUAGAGCCACCACUCUAUGUAUCUAUAACCGUGUGAUCUGCAACAGUUAUAUAAAAGCACAGUAUAGGCCGAUUUAAAGCACUUGGUUUGUCACUAUUUUUAUUUUAUUUUUUAUAUUGAUCCUCAAUUUUCAAAGUAAUAUUACUUUAUAUAUAUAAGUGCUCUGUAAGUGACCUUUUCACGUGCAUUUCUACGUGGUGUCCACAUUACAUCUAUUAGGCAGAUCUACGUUGAAUUCACGGAGAAAUCUAACGUGGGUGCAACGUUGAGUUCACGUAAAUCAGCUGAAGUGCUCUAUAAGUGAUGUAAAAGUGACGUUUUCACGUGCAUUUCUACGUUGUAUUCACGUUAUUUCGAUUCGACACAUCUACGUUGAACUCACGGAGAAAUAUAACGUGGCUGCAACGAUAACGCAACGUUGUGGGCACGUGGAUUCUACGUGGAUUUGUUUGCUGGGUAGUAAACUCUCAAGCCUGGCAGUGCAAUACGGUAAGUAUGAUUAUUUUAUUUCUCUUCAAUAAGAACAUGGAGAAGAAUUGCAAUCCAUCUGUGUGUGUGUGUGUGUGUGUGUGUGUGUGUGUGUGUGUGUGUGUGUGUGU